AGAUUACGUUUCACACAUUGAAGGAGAUUCGGCCGAAUAAGUUGUUUUGAAAUGAAAUUUAUAAUAAUUUUAUUAUUUAUUCAUGGAUCUUUGGCUUCACCAAGAUUAGACCCAUUGGUACAAACUAAAAAGGGUCUGAUAAGAGGCGUGCAGGCAACAGAUGGAGACUAUGCUAUGUUUAUGGGUAUACCAUACGCUAAAGUCAACGAGAGUAACCCAUUCGGGACAUCUCUCCCGUAUCCAGAUUUCCAAGACACAUAUUUAGCAAACGAUGAUACAUCGAUUUGCAUACAAAAUCAACAGAGAACUACAAAUGUAGUCGGUUCUUUAGACUGUCUACGUUUAAACGUAUACGUUCCUAAUUCAGCUACCACAAGGAAUAAGCUUCCUGUCUUACUUUGGAUACAUGGUGGUAGAUUCCAGCAUACCAGUGGUGGAAGACAUCAAUACGGACCUAAAUAUUUAGUUAAAAAAGAUAUUAUUCUAGUAACUAUUAAUUAUCGAGUAGGUAUAUACGGAUUUAUGUGUUUAGAUACACCAGAUGUACCAGGAAAUCAAGGCUUGAAGGAUCAACUUCGUGCUAUACGAUGGAUUAAAGAAAAUAUCGAAUCUUUCGGUGGUGAUUCUAAUAAAAUAACUAUAUUCGGUUCCAGCGCCGGUGGAGUGUCAGUUGAUUAUCAUUUGUUAUCUAAACAAGAGAAAUUAUUCGAUAAAGCCAUAACACAGAGCGGUACAAGCUUAUCUCCUUGGGCAUUUAGUGAUUCUGAUAGGAAUCUACCUGUAAGAGUAGCUUCACAAUUAGGUGUAGAAAUAAACGACAGUGAUGAAGCUGUCGAAUAUUUAUCAAAUUUAGACCCAGAAAUAGUUGUAGCAGCAACUAUUGAGUUGUCAGAAACAUUCAGACCUUGCAUUGAAAAAGAAUUUGAUGGUAUCGAAAGUUUUAUAACAGAGUAUCCGAUCAAUUCACCAAUGCCAAAAGUAAAAGAUACACCAAUUUUAAUCGGUUAUAAUAAUUUAGAGAAAUUAUUUGAAUACGCGAAUAAACCUGCAGAUGAAUACGAUGAGAAAGUUUUCGAAGAUAACUUAGCUUUAGAUUUUAAUGAUGUCGAUAAAGAACUUGUUAAAAUAGUACGUAAUUUCUACAUUGGUGAUAAAGAUGUUAGUAUCGACGUAAAAUAUGAAUUAGCCGAAUUCGAUUCAGACUUUGUGUUCAUACAUCCGAUACAUAGAAGUUUACCCUAUCUGAAGAAUGGGGCUAAAGUUUACCAUUACGUGUUUAAAUAUGCAGGUGGUAGAAACUAUGCUAAGUUAAGAGAGAAAAUAACUGGGCCUGGAGCUAUACAUUCCGAUUAGAAAGGUUAUUUAUUCGACAUGGCUGU